UUGACAUCUACUAAUGUCUGCGGCUUGGCAGUGUAGUGGCUUUUGUGUGCGAUUUCAUAAUUCCGUCAUUCCGUCUGUAUAAAUCCGUGUGUGUGGUGUGUGUUGUGAUAGUCUGAAUUAGACCAGAAUCGGUAGGCACGGAACGGAGUAGUAGUUGCUGCAGCAGUAUCAAACGGGAGGAAUCGCUCGUGGCAUAUCACGCCAUACAUUCAACUCAAGGCGGCAGUUCGCUUCCUGAAAACGUUCCAGGCGGCAGCAAAAAAAGAUUCAAGCUCUGCGAACCCCUCUUCACAGCAUCGCAAUACCCAGCUCACGGAGAUUGAAUUAAUUUCAAUUAGUGAAGAAACCACGGAACAACUUCCUUCUGUGAUACCCCGCAGCAAGAUACGAAGAAAUUCGGAGUGAAAAAUGAUGAGCUCAUUGGCACUGCGAUUUGCGCCGCGGUUCGGCAAAUCUACCGCUGCAGCCGUGGCCAGUUCCUCCCAGCAAUCGUUGUUCAACACCUACUACACCUACUCGAACCAGAUCUCGCAACCGCUGGAGCGGAAGCCGACCUACACCACGGCCGAGGAAGCGGUCAAAGUCAUCAAGUCAGGUGAUGUGGUCUUCGUUCAGGGAGCUGCCGCUACUCCGAUCCACCUGCUGGACGCCAUGACCAAGCAUGGUAAGGAGAACAAUCUUCGCGACAUCACGGUGGUCCACAUGCACACCGAAGGCCCUGCUUCGUACUGCGCUCCCGAGUGCAAGGACAUCUUCCGUUCCAAGUCUCUCUUCAUGGGUGGUAAUGUGCGGGCUGCCGUUGCCGAUGGCCGUGGUGAUGCCGUGCCGAUCUUCCUGCACGAAAUCCCAAUUCUGUUCCGGCGAAAGCUGAUCCAGCCAGAUGUGGCCUUCGUUUCGGUUUCGCCACCGGACAACCACGGUUACGCCACGUUGGGAACUAGUGUUGACUGCGUACGCGCUGCCCUGGAGAACUCCAAGGUUAUUGUGGCUCAGGUCAACAAGCAGAUGCCUCGUACGUUUGGGGACUCCAUCAUCCACGAAUCGCACUUCGAUGCUGCUGUGAAUGUGGACAUUCCUCUGCCAGAGCAUGGUGGCAAGGGAAUGAGCGAAACGGAAACCAUGAUCGGCAAGCUGAUUGCCGAGAACUUGGUCGAAGAUGGUGCCACUCUGCAGAUGGGCAUCGGUAACAUUCCGGAUGCUGUGCUGAACGCGCUGCACAACCACAAAGACCUCGGAAUCCACUCGGAGAUGUUCGCCGGAGGUGUUGUGGAUCUAGUCAAGAAGGGCUGUGUCACCAACGAUAAGAAAGCAUACCACCGAGGACGCAUCGUCGGAUCUUUCCUGAUCGGAACGAAGAAGCUGUACGACUUUGUUGACAACAAUCCAUUUAUCGAAAUGCUCGAAAUCAACUACGUCAACAACGUCGGUAUUAUUGCCCGCAACCCAAAGAUGACCGCCAUCAACUCUGCCAUCGAAGUCGAUCUUACCGGUCAGGUAUGUGCCGACUCCAUCGGAACGCGUAUGUACUCCGGUUUCGGUGGUCAAGUAGACUUCAUCCGUGGUGCCGCCGAAGGCUUCGACGGCAAGGGCAAACCGAUUAUUGCGCUUCCAUCGAUUACCAACAAGGGACAGAGCAAGAUCGUGCCAACGCUCAAGCCAGGUGCCGGAGUUGUUACGUCUCGAGCCCACGUGCACUACGUAGUCACCGAAAACGGUAUUGCUAAUCUGUUCGGCAAAACGUUGCGUCAGCGUGCGUACGAGCUGAUUCAAAUCGCUCACCCCGAUCACCGCGAGGCGCUCGAAAAGGCUGCAUUUGAACGGCUGAAGACGAUGCCGUCUCCUAACUAAGCAUCUCAGCACAAAGGCGUACAGGUCGUUCAAAACGAUCGUUUUCCCCUUCGUUUAAGAUAUGUCGAAACUAUUCCGAGUUGCUUUCAUUCUAAACAGGAAAAGGGCAAAUUUCUUUGAAAGCAUCUCAUCGUCCGCGGAGCGUGUUAUCCUUUACAAACAAUCAUUUUCGUUUUUAAACCAUCUAGAAUGCCCAAGAAAUGCAUGUUUUUGUUUUACGAACAUUACUAUUACAAUCGCAUUGAUAUAGCCAGAGCAGUAGCAGAGCGUUAGUAGAUAAGUAGAAACAGCUGAUAAUUAGACACACGUCUAACCCGUUUCACAAGCAACAAAACACAAAUAACACGAUAAUAACCAUCUAUCUCCGAAACGUGCAUUGCAUAACUUUAAGUACUACAUUGUAAUCACACAUCGUACAGAGAAAUUCAACAUCCUAAGAGGAAUGUUUGAAGUACGGUUACCUCAUGAGAAGCCAUGUGAGAAAUUAAACUAGGUAAUCAAAGCUACUAUGAGUACACCGUGAUUAUGCUAAAUAAAA